CCCAAAAGUGCAUGUCAAGCUCUCCCGCGCAGACAGCUACGCAACGCAACGCACCCCAGCUGUGCGCCCAACUUUCUCUUUUUUUCUUGAACCUCCCAACCCACCACCCCCUCCUCCUACGAAUUUGUCUUUCGAAUUUCGUCGAUCAUGCGGUCUCUUCUUUCGCUCUGUCUGCUAUUUCUGGCUGCCGCUGUGCACGCUGUUAGCGUCACUGGCGGCCGGCUUCUGGCAAUUCUCGACGAUGUUGCUGAGAAGGAGGGAUACUCCAAGUUCCUCGGAGAUUUGGAAAGCCGCGGAUUCAGCAUCUCAUACGAGACGCCCAAGAGCGAGUCUCUGAACCUAUUCAAGCUCGGCGAGCGUGUUUACGACCACGUUCUGCUCUUCCCGUCUAAGAGCAAGGGUCUCGGUCCCAACCUGACCCCCAACAUUCUUCUCCAGUUUAUCAACGCCAAGGGCAACAUCCUCCUGUCCCUCUCCUCCGAGUCCACCGUUCCGACCUCCAUCGUGAGCCUUCUGGCCGAGCUCGACAUCGCCCUCCCCGCCGACCGCACCGGCCUCGUCGUCGACCACUUCAACUACGACACCGUCAGCGCCUCCGAGAAGCACGACGUCCUCGCCAUCCCCGCCCCCAAGUCGGCCCGCACCGGCGUCAAGAACUUCUUCCACGAGGACGGCGAGGUUAUUGCCUUCCCCAACGGCGUCGGCCACGUCCUCGGUGCCGGCCAGCUCCUCACCCCGAUCCUGCGCGCCCCCAAGACGGCCUACAGCUACAACCCCAAGGAGCAGGCCGAGGUCGUUGAGGCCAGCGACCUGUUUGCCACCGGCGAGCAGCUCGCUCUCGUCUCAGCUUUCCAGGCGCGCAACAGCGCUCGCUUCACCCUUGUUGGAUCUGCCGAGUUGCUGAGCGACAAGUGGUUCGACGCCAAGAUCAAGCCCGCGGCUGCUGGCAAGGAGGUCAAGACCUGGAACCGCGAGUUCGCCAAGAGAGUUGCCGGCUGGACUUUCCAGGAGACUGGUGUCCUUCGCGUCAACCACAUUGAGCACUACCUCAACGAGGCUGCCAACGAGACCAACCCCGAGCUCUACCGCAUUAAGAACGAAGUCACCUACUCCAUCUCCGUUUCCGAGUACUCCUGGGACAAGUGGACCCCCUUCACUGUCCCCAGCGGUGACGACCUCCAGCUCGAGUUCAGCAUGCUCUCCCCCUUCCACCGGAUCCCGCUCGCCGCCAAGGCUAGCACCGCCGACGCCACCACUUACACCACCUCCUUCAUCCUGCCUGACCAGCACGGCAUCUUCAACUUCAAGGUCAACUACAAGCGCCCCUUCUUCACCAACGUCGAGGAGAAGAACACCGUGUCCGUCCGCCACAUGGCCCACGAUGAGUGGCCUCGCUCGUACGUCAUCUCGGGCGCCUGGCCCUGGUUGUCUGGCAUCUUCGCCACCGUCACUGGCUUUGUGCUGUUCUCGGCUGUGUGGAUGUACAGCGCGCCUUCCGGUACUGCGACUGUGGCCAAGAAGACGCAGUAAAUAUCUCAAGUUAGAGGGGGUUCUUUGAGUUGAAGAACGAGGAUAUGCAGAUACAGAGAUGAGGAUUUUGUGGUAGGCCACGAUUCACUCAUGGGAACUUCGGGAUAGAGAAAGCGAGCACAAAAUGAGAUCUGGAUUUCACGAAUAUGUGAUGUGGUCUGGAGCGUGUAACUGUAGUGUACAUCUGGC